UCUCAAAAACUUAAGAUGGAAGCAGAUGAGCUAUUUGACUAUAUAGGGACCGUUCUCUUUCUUAACCAGACUGUUCUCAUUCCAUAUCAUUCAUAUUCAUCUAUCACUGACUUCGCACUCCCAUUCACUCGUUUUUGGAGCUCUCCAGAUCUGGUCUCUCCCGCAGCUAUGGCAGAGAAGGUGACCAAAAUGUUGAUAAAGGUGGAUUUACAGUGCUCGCGCUGCUACAAGAAGAUCAAGAAAAUUCUCUGUAAAUAUCCCCGAGAAAUCCGAGACCAGAUAUACGAUGAAAAGAAGAACACGGUGUUAAUCACCGUCGUGUGCUGCAGCCCGGAGAAAAUCCGGCAGAAGAUCAUCUGCGAGGGCGGCGAGACGGUGCAGAGCGUCGAGAUCCUGCCUGACAAGGAUACCAAGAAGCCCAAGAAGGUCAGGUUCAUUGAGCCGCCGAAAGAAACUGCCAAGCCGCCUGCUCCUGUGCCAGUGCCAGCACUGCCCCGGAAAGCCCCCAAACCUGCUCCUCCAAAGGCUCCACAGCAGAUGCCUGCGCUGCCGCCCCCGAAGGCGCCAAAGCUGGUGGUGGGCUACCUGCCAGUGCCGGGGUAUCCGGUGGUGUGGAGGAGGCCAGUGAUGGGUGCUGUGAUGGAUGCGGGAGACCAGCCGAUGAGGGUCAAGGUGAAAAUAGAGGUUGCUAUCCUGGGCAGGGGAUGCCAGUGAUGUGCGAUGAUGGAUGUGGAAGACCGGCUUGUGAGUGUCGGUAGGAAUAGAGGUUACGACAUGAGUGAGCCGAUGUGAUUACUUUAGUGAAGAAGAUGCCACUGCAUGCACCGUCAUGUCAUGGGAUCCAGUUCAAAAUUUCUCAUGUCAAUUACUGAUGUUGUAACUUGGUGAAAGAUACAUAAGUCUAAUUUUUAGGGCUAUCUUGGGGUCUUUAUCUUUGUGUGUAUACAAAAAUUGAUAAGGUUCGUGGUCUAGAAUGGUGGUAUAUGUGGUUAGAUAUGUUCAACACAUGGAUUGCUGCUUGUUGAUUUCUUCAUUUCAAUAAAAUUGAGUCCUGUUCAUGUCU